UUUGUUUAAAUAUAUAGAUGUGCAGAAGUACCUUAUCGCUUCAUAGAGAUUAAAGAAGAGAAGACAUUGAAUUUUUUAAUUUUAUCAUCAUGAGUCUCGAGUACCAUCCCGCAAGAUUUCUUCAUGAAUUAGCCAAUCUUUGCCAAUACUCUGAAACAAACUGCAGUCAACCUGUGGAGAGUGGAACGUACGAGUGGUCAUGGGACGCAUCUUUUGAAACACCGAGACUGCAACUGGACGACUCAAAUUUAGAAGUCAAGUUCCAUCCUGGAUAUAGUGUAGGUACAGCAGCUAUCAGAGGUAACAAAAUGAUGUCAAAGGGGAGACAUCACUAUUGGGAGGUCAAAAUGAUUACACCAGUUUAUGGAACAGAUGUGAUGGUUGGAGUGGGCACGAUAAAAGCAGAUCUAACUAGUACAAUGGAUUCUUUUUGCUCUCUUUUGGGUAGAGACAGUGAGUCUUGGGGUUAUUCGUAUAGAGGAUUUAUACAACACAGUGGUGAAUUUAAAGAAUAUACAGCAUGUUUCAAACAAGGUAGUUUAGUUGGAGUUCAUUUGGACACAUGGAAAGGAACCCUUCAAUUUUUCUUAAAUAGGAAACCAUUAGGUAUUGCUUUCUCUGGUCUUAGAGGAUUAGAACUCUAUCCCAUGGUUUGUUCAACAGCAGCAAAAAGUAAAAUGAGAAUAACAUACAGUUGUUCAACACCAGCUUCUCUACAAAUGGAAUGUUUAUCAUUAUUAAGGCCUUUACAUAAAGCUUAUUUGAAUGCAGCAUUCCCUGGACUCAAUUAUCUAUUCCAAAGUGUAUUUGCAGAAAUACUUCAAAAAUAUAAAGAUGAAGAUAAUCUUGAGGAUGAUUAUGAAAAUCUUGGUGAAAGUUUGAUAUUAGAUGACUUUGACUUUGCUCUGGUUGGUUGUAAAAAACUAAAAAAAAAGCGAUGUCUUAACUCAAAUUAUAUACCUGAACUUCCACAUCAAAGUGUAAAAGCUAUAGUGUUUAAAUCGAAUGAAACUAUUUUCCAGUGAGUCUGAUCAGUGUUGAAAAAUUUUAGAGUCAAACAAAAGUUAAAUGUCUGUGCCAAGAUGAUCUAAAGACUUCUACUCUUUGCAUGAUUGGUCUACAGCUGUGAAAAGUUCCGACUUUUUAAUGCGUUUUAUGAAGGUAACAUUCUACCUAUCAGCACUCAAUUUACAAUAAUUAUUGUAAAAUUUAAUUUUUUGAUAAUUUGCAUGUAAGGACCUUUUCUGUAAUUUUAAAACAUAGAUCAUAAGGUACAGACUCGACAUUUUUUCACCAAAAUUUAAUGGUAAAAUAUUUACAUCUUUAAACAAUAUUUAGUAUUACGUGCAUAGAUAAACUUUUUAGAAAAGCAAUGUGUCAAACUUUUGAGACUAUCCUAAUUUCAGGAUUUAAU